CCCAAAUCAAAACAAUUGCUGAACAAUGCUAACAUUUCAGCAAACGAUUAUGUUCACAUUGAAGAUGAGAACAAUUGGAUAAUCCUUACUGAUGAAGAUGCAAUAGUAAUAGCAAAAGUGAAGCUGAAAUGGUAG